CAAACAUCUUCCGAAACAUCGAACUACCAAACCAUAUAUAAAUCCAUCUGUUUCUCCACUUUCAUCCUCUUCUUCUUCUAAUUCUUUCAGAUUGAUAGGUUUGUAGAAAGAUCUAGAAGGAAGGAAAUGGCGACGUUUGAAUUGUAUAGAAGGUCAACAAUAGGAAUGUGUUUGACAGAAACAUUAGAUGAGAUGGUUUCUAAUGGUGUUCUUAGUCCUGAACUUGCUAUUCAAGUCCUCGUUCAGUUUGAUAAGUCGAUGACCGAAGCUCUUGACAGCCAGGUCAAAAGCAAGGUGACAAUUAAGGGCCACUUGCACACCUACAGAUUCUGUGACAAUGUGUGGACCUUCAUUGUUCAGGAUGCCACUUUCAAGUAUGAUGAAAUGCAGGAGAAUGUUGGCCAAGUAAAAAUAGUGGCAUGUGAUUCCAAGCUGCUUAGUCAGUGAUUCAUGUUUAGCAUUUCAUGUCUAGUUGCUGAUAAAUUUGGUAGUGAGUAAGAUUGUAGAGAAGGGUAUGAUUACAAAAGAAGAAAAGAGAGGAGUUACCUUUAUUUGUGUAAUUCUUCGUCAUUAACUGCUUUUUUUUAAUUUAUUUUCAUUGUUUGUGUUUAUGUUGUAUUUGGCGUAUAAAAGUGUAAUGAUGCUGCCUUCGGGCUAUGAACCCGGCUCUUGUUUCUAGUACAAGUUCGUUUUAUUACCA